AGGUGCCGACAGGACGGAUGGAUGGAUGGCGGUGGGAGAGGAGUGUGCGAGGGCGGGAGCGGCGGGGGGGCAGAGGGAGGACCCAGCCCCGCCGCCGCCGAUCCGGAGCAGCCGCGCUCUGCGCCGCGGGCACCGCCAGCCGCCGGGCGCAGGUGGGCCGGGCCCCCCCGGCUCUCCCGCCCGCCGACCAGGAGCCCCCGGGCUUCAUGCGGGAGCUGCUCCGGAGCGGGGCCCCGGGGGAGAGGCCCCGGGGCGGGGCGCGCCGGGAGGAGGCGAGCCCCGGCGCCCCGGCACGGCGGGAGGAGGCUCCCCGCUCCCGGCCGAGCCCCCUCGGGGCAUCGGCGCCCGAGCAUCCUCCGGCAGCGGGGCCCGCCGGCGGUAGGGUUCCGCAGAAUCGCUGGCAGCCCCCUCCCGCGGGUCUCCGCUCGCCUCCCCUCCGCCGCCGGCCUUGCCGGGGUCACCGCGGAGACGCCGCUGCCCCCCGCGCCCCGGCCCCUCCAUGGGGAGGGGCGCCCCCACUCGCCGGGGGGACGGGGCGGGGUGCUCAGCCCCUUCCCUGCGGAGGGGGACACGGCGCGGCACCCUCUCCUCCCCUAAUUUGCCCCUUACAUCCCGGCUCGCGGUGGAGGUGGGGAGAUGGGAGUGGGGCGGUGAGGGGUCUCCAGCCUCUCGGGAUUUUCUCCGUUGUGGCCUUUCCCUACCGGGCAGGGGUUUCCUGGGGUGGCUUCUCCGGUGGGAAGGAACAGAGCAAACCCGCGUGUCCUGCCGGGGUCGGGGACCGUCCCCACGGCCGGCUGGCGGCAGGCGACACACGGGGCUGGCCCCAGGCUGGGGUCGAGCGGAGCCGUGAGCCCGGGGGCGACCGCAGCAGCCUCUCGCCCCUGCCGCCGGGACCCUCAGCAGAGCGCCGGCAGCAAGGGCACAGCUCGGCUGCACCUCGGCGAAGCGAGGCAGCCUGCUUUGACAGAAGGCCUCUUCCCUUCGCUGUGUCCUCGUUCCAGCAGAGAUGCGUGGGACAGAUGUGUUGGGAGACAGCCCCGGGGACUGCAUGGGUCACCCAAGAGCCUCAGCAACAACGACUUGUGGAGUGCGCACCAACCGAGGGCCAAGCAGUAGGGCAGGGUAUGCAUGAGUGACCAGCAGCGGGGGGGAGAGGUGGUUUAUUUGCUGUGGAAGAGGGGCAGAGACAUAGACCGAGGAGAAAACAAAAGCUGUGCCUUGACUCAAGACAGGAUCCAAAAAGCGGCAGGGUGAGAGGACGCCAGGAGCCUGGUUGCCUCCACAAACCAGCCCCAUUAGGGGGGAAGAAAACCACCCAACAACAAUAACAAACUGAACCCAUAAACAGUUACUGCCGUUCUGCGAUAAAAGGGGAAGAUUUAUAUUGUUGAAAUGUGUGGAAGGAGCUUGUUCCAGCGCAAAACUCUGGCGCGCAGUUCUCUGUUUAUGUCGCUCAUCCCGAUGGAUGAGAUACCAGCGGCAAAGUUCAGGCUGACAUCAGCCCUGGGGAGGCAGAGCCAGCGACCGGGCUGGGCUGCGCAGGGCUGCACAGCUGUGCCUGGGCCUCAGCUAGGUGGACGAUCAGUUUUGGGGUGAUCCAGCACACAAGAAGCCUCCCUUCACCAGGCCGGGAGACGAGAGGAGCCAGCAGCAGCACACACUGUGGAGGGAGUUGGAUGCAGUGUUUCCUUGCAAGCGAAACAGAUGAAUCGGAAACAGUUCCCAGGGCGGUUCAAUGCGCCUCUCUGUUUUGGGGUUUAUUAAGGAGGGUGGGGAGGGAAAGAAUGGCUGAUGGUCUUUGUGCUGCCGGAAAAUCAAAUAUGUCUGUUUUACUCAGCUGCAAUGAAGCCAGCAGCAGGAGUCUGUAAAUUCAGCUAGGUAUUGUUUUGCUGUGGUUUGUUUUUUUUUUUUUUUUUUCUUUUUUUAAGGAGUGUAAUCCUUUCGUCAAAGAGUAAUAGUGUGUGGUGUUUUCACUAUGGUAAUUCCUGCCCAUCCUGUGCAAAUUCCCACAGCUAGAAAACCUUGGUUUCAGUUUUCCAAAUAGCUAAUACAUUGUAUUAGAAAAAAAGGUGGCCUCAGGAUUCUC